UAAACAAUGCAAACAAACUGUUUAGUGUCAAAAUUCAAAGUGUUUCUUUAUAUUAUUUCUGAUUUUUUUUUUGUUUUUGCAUUGGUCAAAUUGAAAGUGGCAUUAAAGAUAUAUAUUUGGAGGACAAUACAAGAUCCAUAUCAUCAUCACCAUCCAUCAGCCCUUUCUAACCCUUUCGUUGUGCCAGACAUUUAGAUGCCUACCAGAAAAAAUUCGAAAUUGGAAAAAUUUUAUAAUCCGUAUACACGAUAUUUUGAAGCUCAAAAGAAUCUAUCGGUAUCCGAUAAACGUCACAAACUUGGUACUGUGUAUCGACGCGAGAGUGUCUAUGUGCUAUCUGGUGAUAAGAAAAAGCGGCGUCACAAGUCAAACACUGUCAGUCCCUUGCGGCAUAUACAAUUACAAUCCUGUGAGCCACCACCAAAAGCUGUCGAAGGUCCUAAACAACCCAGAUGGCGGCCCAAAGCACCAAAAAUCAAUCGCAUUAUGGUCAUUACAGAGGAUCAUACACAGGAUAACAACCAGUUGCCAGGAUCUCCGGAGUUGGAUGCCAUUUGUUAUGAUGUGAUGAAAGAGCCACCCAAACAAUUGCAUCUAGAGGGCACUGAUAUUAUGCCCAGCAUUCGAGCGGUGCGUCUGAGCAUCUGUGUGGAGAAUACACGCUUUGCCCUCGUCUCGAGAAUCUCAAAGAACAUGGGCUUUCAACAUGUGCCCGAACAUAGAUUGUGGAAUAUCCAAUGGUCGGAUUCCACACCUCAUCAUGAUUUGCUUAAGAACAUGAAGCGUUUCCAGCAGAUCAAUCAUUUUCCAGGCAUGAUGGAAAUAUGCCGCAAAGAUUUGCUAUCACGCAAUCUGAAUCGCAUGCUAAAAAUGUAUCCAGGGGAUUAUCGCAUAUUUCCCAAAACCUGGCUAAUGCCCACGGAUGCCUACGACGUGGCCAUCUAUGCCAGCAGACAUAAACGCACGUAUAUUCUAAAGCCGUAUUCAUCGGGUCAGGGUCGAGGUAUUAAGGUAACCACCGAUUUACGCACCAUUGGCAAGCGGGAGAAGCUCAUCUGUCAGACAUAUAUUGAGAAGCCCCUUCUGAUCGAUGGCUACAAAUUUGAUCUGCGUGUCUAUACACUCAUCACCUCAGUGGAUCCUUUGCGCAUUUUUGUCUAUAACGAAGGCCUGGCACGUUUUGCCACCCACAAAUAUGUUCCACCCACAACUGGUAAUAGUAACAAUGUGUUUAUGCAUUUGACCAAUUACUGCCUGAAUCGCCGCAAUUCACAAUACGAUCUGGGCAAUGGCACAGAGUGUGGUUCAAAGCGAAAACUCAGUGCAUUCAAUAAAUGGCUUGUGGCCCACAAUUACGAUAAAGCCGAGUUCUGGGCCAGUGUGGACGAUGCCAUCAUUAAAACGGUCAUCAGUGCCUGGCCAGUGCUCAGGCACAAUUAUAAUGCUUGCUUUCCCAAACAUGACAAGAUCCAGGCGAGCUUUCAAUUGCUUGGCUUUGAUAUUCUAGUUGAUUGGAAACUUAAACCCUAUAUACUAGAGGUCAAUCAUACACCGAGUCUGUGUGCAGAUGAACCUGUCGAUACAGAGGUCAAACGUCCUUUGAUCAGAGAUACGCUCAAUCUACUGGCCACAGCAUUGGUAGAUAAAGAACAGAUCAUACGCGAAGAUCGCAUUACAUUGCGCGAGAGGCUAAUGAAACAGGUUUACAAUCGUAAGUCGGCCAAUCAAGCACCUCAAGUUCCGCAACGAGAGGCUGGUGGGACUGAUGCAAAACAGGCGUGUUCCAUUGGAGCAUUGGCCCAGCAAAUCGCUUGGGAGGAGAGCCAUUUGGGUAACUAUCGUCGCAUUAUGCCGCCAAGAGAAUCAGAGAAGGUCAACUAUUAUUGCAAGUUCUAUGACCAGACCAAAAAUAUUGUCAUGUUUGCCGAGACAGCGUCGAGUAAGAAUCGCGUAAGGCACACCCAUAUGCAAAUACAAAAGCGCCGAGUCGAACAGAAAAUAAAAAUGGAGGAACUCCAAAAGCAAAACCAUCAAAAUCAACGCCGUCAAGAGAUACCGCGCUUUAAUCCGGUAUUGGCACAGGAAAAAUUACGCUGCCGAGAGGAGGCCCAGGCAGCUCGCAAACGUGCCAUUAUAGCCAAGGAUAUACAACGUCAUAAAGAGCAGCUACUUAUACCCAAUAUUGCCAAGGAACACAUAGGCAUAUGGCAAACUGUGGUCCCGAUGAAGGGUUCCAGCAAGUAUAAAGCCGGUGUCUCCACAAAACAGAAGCGACGCAAACAUCAGACGCAACUUCAGCAGCGUCAUGCCACUAGCCAUCGUGUAAGACGCCAGCAUAUGCUCGAUAUGGAGGCCCAGUGGGAUGCCCAGUUUGUGCAGCGACAUGGCAUUAAGAAACCAAAAACUGAAGACUCACGUCUAGAGGGCGGCAAAUCUAGAGAACCACCAACGUCGCCUCACCUCACUAAACGUAGUUCGAAGAAAAUUAAUCCAUCAUCUCCUGAAAUCAAUAUGAAAACAGAACCCAAUUGGUCACCCGACACUAUAAGUGACUCGGAGGAGGAGAAACAAAAGAGUUGGCGUAAGCAAAGAGCCAAGGAAGUUGAUAGCUCUAAUUUUAGAGAAAUGCUCUUUUCGGGAAUGUAUAAACAUGGACAAUUGACUAAAAAUGACAUAAAAUGCUUUCCAAAUCUUCUAUUUCGUCUUUUGGGUAACGAAUUGCCUAAUACACCAAAUGAAAAAAAAUAGUCGAUAUUUCUCCCUCUAUCUACUACUGAUACUGCUACUAAUACUACUUCUUUACAUGUUGUGUGAAAAAGUGUGACAGAAAGAAACCAAGAACUACAAUAACUACUUACUUUCUUCCUAACUUCCUUCCUAAUACUCCGUAUCUUAACUUUUAUUGUGAAAAGACCAAAAUUAUAAUUGUGAAUAAAGAUCCAUGAAGUCAUAA